GUUGCUACUGAAGGCUGAAAGGGAAGACUGCCUCUCCACAGCACAGGGGAUUCAAACUACUGUCGAUUUCAGUGUCUAUUGGUGAUCUAGAGGCACAAUGGACCCUGCAGAAUUCAGAAGACGGGGAAAGGAGAUGGUGGACUACAUCGCAGAUUACCUGGAGAAUAUUGAGGGAAGACAGGUUUAUCCAGAUGUGGUACCAGGUUACCUGAGGAAUCUGAUUCCAGACGCAGCCCCAGAGCACCCGGAGGCAUAUGAAGAGAUAGUUAAGGACAUUGAGAGAGUCAUUAUGCCUGGGGUGACCCACUGGCAAAGCCCAUAUUUCUAUGCCUACUUCCCAACUGGCAGUUCAUUCCCAGCAAUGCUUGCUGAUAUGCUGUCUGGAGCCAUUGGAUGCAUUGGAUUUUCCUGGGCUGCAAGUCCUGCUUGUACAGAAUUGGAGACUGUGAUGCUCGACUGGCUGGGAAAGAUGUUGAAUUUACCAAAAGAAUUCUUGGCUGGCACUGAAGGACAAGGUGGUGGUGUGAUACAGAGCACUGCGAGUGAGGCUACGUUGGUUGCGCUGCUGGCUGCUAGGACAAAGAUCCUGAAGAGAUUACAGGCUGAAAACCCUGGGCUUGCGGAACCAGAAAUCUUCUCUAAACUGGUAGCCUAUUCCUCUGACCAGGCUCACUGCUCUGUGGAAAGAGCAGGACUGAUAGGCGGGGUGAAAAUGAAGAAGAUUCCCUCAGACACUAAAUUCUCUGUUGGAGGGGAAGCUCUGAGCAAAUUGAUUGAAGAAGACAAGGCAGCUGGUCUCAUUCCAUUCUAUUGCUGUGCAACACUUGGAACAACACCAUCCUGUGCAUUUGAUAACAUAAUGGAAAUAGGCCCUAUCUGCAAUUCCGAGAACAUGUGGAUGCACAUUGAUGCUGCCUAUGCGGGAAGCGCUUUUAUCUGCCCAGAGUUUAGACAUCUUCUUAAUGGAGUAGAGUUUGCAGAUUCAUUCAACUUUAAUCCUCACAAGUGGCUUUUGAUUAACUUUGACUGUUCAGCAAUGUGGGUGAAGAAACGAUCAGAGAUAAUUGGUGCUUUUAAAAUGGAUCCUCUCUAUCUACAGCACGAUAACCAAGAUUCAGGGCUUGUCACAGACUACAGGCAUUGGCAGAUACCACUGGGGCGGAGGUUUCGCUCUUUGAAGAUGUGGUUUGUUUUUCGGACAUACGGGCUGAAGGGGCUACAGGAAUACAUUAGAAAGCAUGUGAGCCUUGCCCAUGAGUUUGAAAGCUUGGUUCGUCAAGACAAGCGCUUUGAGAUCUGCGGUGAUGUGGUCCUGGGACUCGUGUGCUUCAGACUGAAGGGCUCCAAUGGAUUGAAUGAAAAACUCCUUAAAACAAUAAACAAUGGCAGAAAGAUCCACAUGGUUCCAUGUUACCUGGCGGACAGAUUUGUGCUGCGGUUUGCUGUGUGUGGCCGCACAACAGAGUCUAAGCAUAUCCAACUCGCCUGGGAGAACAUCACUGAGAUCGCCACAGAGAUCCUGCAAGAGCUGCAACAGUGAGCACUCCUGCGAUGCUAUCACGUCAUGGAUUUUUCUGCGUAAUAUAAUAUCUACGUGUGAUUUUCUUCAAAUCCUUAAUAUAUCUUGAAAAAUGAGAUUUUUUAUUUUAUUGUACUGCUAUGUGGAGGUUAUUUAAAGUGCAUAUUUUCAACAUGUGUGAGUCUUUUGUAUGUAUGUGUAUGGAGUUUGUUGGAGGGAAAGAUAAUUGUAAAUUGUUACAGCCAGGUAUUUCUAUACAAUAAGUAAUUUAAAAAAGACACUUAUAAAAGCAAAACCUGGUUGUUUUACUUCCUCACUCUGUUACUGCUACAGGGGCUGCCAUUAUUAUUAGACUUCCAAGCCGCUACCAUCUGUGAGGGAAGUGCAACAACCAGUGCAGGUAACCAGUGUCUGAGGCAGAUAGUUGUUAUAUUAGUCAGGCAGGCUAUUUGGGCGCCAGCACGAAGCGCCAGCAAACCAAAGAGCCUCACAACAAAAGAGCCGGGAGUCUAGCUGUGGGAGUCCAGCGAGGGGAGGCCUGCGCCAUGACGCUGUUGGAAUAGAUCUGAACCUAGCAGCGCUCUGGAAGACGCCAUCUACUAGUCAGAUCUGUACCCACCCCCCCCACUGUUCCCACUCCCACUGUGCCUACUUGUCUCGCCUGUCCUGCUAUGACUGUCUCUCUGUGGCAAAGUGCCCCGCCCCUGUGUGCAUUUGUGUGUUCUGUGUUGUAUGUUGCGUGCGUGUGUUAAUGUUGGUGUAUAGUCAUUGGUACACGGGAUAUAAACGGGUCUGUGUUUCACGUGUAUUUAAAAAAAUGUAGAUUUGUAUGUAGGCACGAGGAGAGCACAAAUCACUUCACGUGCUGGUUAAAUGUAAUAUGUGAGCAGGGGGUUGCACAGAAUGAAUUCACGUGCUGGGAUUCAAGUGAGUAAUUAAUUAGUAAUUGAAUCCCAGCACAACAGUAUAUAUAGAGACACGUAGCAUGCAGUCGGGGUUGGGUGUUCGGAAGAGGAGAACGGGUGAGAGAGAAAGGAGUAAUUAGAAGUAAAGAUGGUAAAUAUAAGUGUUUGUUCUCACCGUGUUUGUUUGUCUGUCCGUGCACCGUUUGUUUAGUGUUAGUCUGUUUUGUAUGUCUGUUUAUUUUGGCGCAAGUGCCGUGUCCUGUUUUGUAUUCCGUUGUUUAAACCUUUUAUUUUGUUAUUAAACGCUGAGUGCAGCCAUUGCACUCAGCUCAUCAUCACCACCGUCUCUGUCUGUGUUUGAAUUCCUUUCUGGUCUGACGCAACCCACUCUGGCCGUCUUUGUGACACUCUCACAUCCCUGUUCUGUCCUCUCGCUCUCGUCCUCUGCCCUCACUCCGCCCUCUCACCCUCUCCCCCUCUCCCCCCUCGCACUCUCUCUGCUGCACUCUGGAACUGUCACUUUUCUGCUAACAAAGCCUCCCACCUCUCUCUUGAUUUCCUUGCUCUUCCUGAAUCCUGGCUGUCCCCUGAUAACACUGUAACUCCUGUCUAUGUCCUGUCCCAUACCCCGCGUCUCACUGGACGGGGAGGUGGGACUGGUCUUCUCCUCUCUCCCUCCUUACUCUUUUCUGUCCCCUCCGACCUCUCCUCACUCUCUGUUAACACCUUUGAAUUUCAUGCUGUCCAACUAACCUCUCCCUGUCAACUCUUGAUAAUUGUACUGUACCGUCCCCCUAGACCUCUCGCUCACUUUCUCGAUGAACUGGACUAUCUACGCUCCUCCUUCCCCACUCUGUCUACCCCAACUGUCCUGUUAGGUGAUUUCAAUAUCCAUCUCUCCAGCCCCAGCCACUCUGCUGGAUUCCUCCCUCUCCUUCACUCCUUCGACUUCUGUCUCUCUCCACCCCCCCCCCCCCCACAAAGUUGGCCGUCAACUGGACCUCACCUUGUCCAGGGCCUGCUGCCCCUCCACCCUCUCUGUCACCCCCCUGGACCUCUCUGAUAACUAUUUAAUCUCUUUUUCUCUCUCUCCCCUCUCUUCCUGCUCCUCCUACCCCCACUGUCACUUCUCGCCGUAACCUCCGCUCGCUCUCCCCCUCUGUCCUUGCCUCCACCGCUCUCUCUCACCUCCCUUCUAUCGACUCCUUCUCCCAACUCUCUGUAGACUCUGCUACCUCCACCCUCUUCUCCUCCCUCACCUCCUCCCUCGACUCCCUCUGUCCCCUCACCUCCCGACCUGCUCGCUUUUCCUCUCCCCAACCCUGGCUCUCCUCUGCGCUCCGCUCAGCAAGAACCACACUGCGAUCUGCUGAAAAGUAUCUUUUAGUAUCUUCUCUUGCUGACCUGGGAAUCUCUGGCACUGCUCUGGCCUGGUUCUCCUCCUACUUCUCCAACCGCACUUACCAGGUAACCUGGUGUUAGAACAACCUCCACACCUCGCCCUCUCUCAACAGGAGUCUCCCAAGGGUCAGUCUUGGGUCCUCUCCUGUUCUCUCUCUACACCCGCUCCCUGGGCCCCCUCAUUGCAUCCUAUGGUUUCUCAUACCAUUUCUAUGCUGAUGAUGCUCAGAUUUUCCUCUCCUUCCCCACCUCUGACUCCACCAUCCCCUCCCAUAUCUCUACCUGUCUGUCUGCUAUCUCCUCCUGGAUACACUCGCAUCACCUCAAACUCAACCUCUCUAAAUCUGACCUCCUUUUCUUUCCCUCCUCCUCCUCCUCCUCCCCCUCCUCUGAUCUCUCAAUCUCCAUUCCUCUGGAAUCUACCACACUCUCUCCCUUCUCCUCAGCUAAGAACCUCGGAGUCACCCUGGACCCCUGCCUCUCUUAUUCCCAGCACAUCUCCACUCUGGCACGCACUUGCCGAUUCUUUCUGAGCAACAUACGAAGAAUCUGACCCUUCCUCAGCAACCACGCCACCCAGCUCCUGGUCCAGGCCCUGGUACUCUCCCGCAUAGACUACUGCAACUCCUUCCUGGCUGGCCUCCUUGCGUCCGCCACCCGUCCGCUCCAGCUCAUCCAGAACUCCGCUGCUUGCCUAGUGUUCUCUCUGCCUCGCUUCUCCCACGCAACUCCACUGCUCCACUCACUCCACUGGCUCCCGACCACCGCUCGCAUCCAGUUCAAGACUCUUGUACUUGCCUACAGAUGCCUUGACCAGACUGCACCCAGCUACCUCCAGAACCUCAUCUCUCCCUACACCCCCACUCAACCUCUCCGUUCCUCCUGCACUAGAAGACUGGCUGUACCUCCUCUAUGCUCCCCUGCCUCCAGAGCCCACUCCUUCUUCACCCUUGCCCCGCAGUGGUGGAAUGACCUUCCUACAGAUGUCAGGACUGUCCAGUCCCUGACCACCCUCCGGCGCCUCCUCAAGACUCACCUGUAGAACUCCUCUUUUCCCUCUGGACACUUUAUCACUCUUCCUUAAUGCGCUUUACUUGCUCUUAUCUGCUCCCUAUUUUACUGCAUUUGAUCCUGUACUUUAGAGUACUGUAAUCUGUCACAAGUGUUAUUUUAAUCUGUAGUAUUUUGUAUUUAAUUAUGUCCUGAUGUAACUCUCACUGACACUGUUAUCUGCUCCGUUAUUGAAUCGUAUUUUGUCAUAUACUUGUACUUGCUAGAACCAAAUUUUAUCUUGCUCUUAAUUGUAUUAAUACUUGUACUGUGAUUCUUGAAAUGUAAUUUUGUUUACGGCAGUAGGUUGCCCUGGAUAAGGGUGUCUGCUAAGAAAUAAAUAAUAAUAAUAACCAUGCCACCCUCAAGCCGUUACAUAUGCUGCUAAGGGUAGCACAGCGGAAGCCUGCUCAUCUGGAGGGUCCAGAGCCUGCAAGUCCAGAGGGUCCAGAGCCCGCACAUCCAGAGGGUCCAGAGCCCGCACAUCCGGAGAGCCCCAUCCUGUGACCUGCGCGGCCUUGGUCGGAGUGCCUCAUCUUGCGACCUGCGCUGCCUCAGCCAGAGUACACAGCAUUGCCGUGGUCACCACCGGAGUGCCCAGCAUCACAUCUUGUAGAGGAGCCCAGGCAGGGGGAAAGUCACUCGGGCUUAGGGUGUAGAAAGGUAGUUAAACGGGCACCCCCUCACAGAAACCAAGGGGUAGCUACGGGGGUUAAACAGGCACCCCCUUACAAAAGCCCAGGGGUCACAAGAUGGGUUAAACGGGCGCCCCUGACAGAAGGCCCAGGACCACCAUGGCCAAAGGAGGAAGCAAGUGGACCACCUCCACAACAACCCCAACCAACCAUUCUGCCAACACCCACAAGAAUCCGGAGGGAGAAAACUGGACAAGGGGGAGGGGGCCAACUGAGGCCAUGUGUGCGUUGUACAAGGGGGAGGUAUGUGGCAGGGCAGAAGCCCUGCUGCUGUAAACUGUGUGGGUGUGGAAAUGCAAGGUUGGCAGAGAUGGGGUUAAAUCUGCCCCUGCCAACAAUCAUAGGCGUGGCCAUUCCCCAGUUAGGUGGACAUUCCCCAGUUAGGUAAUUGAUGCUAAUUGGGGAGUGGCCACAUGUAUAAAAGCAAGGUGUAAUCCUUUGCUUGGGAGUUGGUGUUUAGGUGAGUGUUUGAGUAGGUAACUGUUGGGUUUGAGGUAGUGAAGGCAAAUGCCCAGCCUACAUCUUAUUGUUUUGUUUGAACCUUUUAUUUUGGCCCCUGUGCCUUGUUUGUUGGUUUAAAUAACGUGCGCAACAGCGCUUUAACUGCAGCUUCUGAGUCUCUUCUGCCAACACCAUUAACAGCACUAUCCUGCCACAGAUGUAUUAACUCAAUCACCUUUGAGCAAAGGUAAAGUUGUAGGUAGACAGCUAUUGGGUACAUUAUUAUAUAUCUAAUGAAACACAACCACUGCACUUAAAUAAAGAAAAUUAUUAUUUUACGAUCUAAAGUAAAAAACAAUUAAGCAUGCUACUUGAGUUGACAUGAGUCAAGAAAUUGAAUUAGGCAGUCAUUAAGUUGGGUUAAUAUGAGUAAGUGUAAUGGUUAUUUUAAAACAUUCAUCCCCUCUCUGGUUCCUUCUUUAAACAUGUGGAUUAUUAAUGUAUAACUCCUGUAGGUCUAGAAAUGUUGCUGUGUGACAAAAUACCAUUUAUAGAUCACUGUCGAAAUCAAGAAACUAUCAUUGAAGAAACCAUUAUAAACAAGUUCGACUGGUGCUGUUGGUCUGGCACAUAUUGAGGUAUGAUGCCAAAAGAAUAAUAUUUCAUAUUUAUAUUAAGUGUACAUUUAAAGAACAUCAUUGAUUUACACCUUUAGACAAACGAUCUGUUUAACAUGUGAUGCUUUAAAGACUGUAUGAAAGUUAUACACACCAUACAAAUCCAGGCACAUUAUGUCAGUAUCUAUAUCUACUGAAUGGUGGUAAACACACCAGUAAAAAAUAACCAGUGUAAAAAUAGUCAUGGUUUCAAAAUAAAUCACAAGAGGUCACUGUUUCUCUAAGAAUAAACUACUGCACAUUCUGAAUCAUUUCCUAUGCUUUAUGAUAUAAUACAUACCAUACAGCAGAUAUUUAAUUACAGUGUUUUAUCCCUUGAAGGUUAAUAUUAUACAGUAGUGUGCAAAUGUAUUAGAACACCUCAAGAUUUGUCAUUUAUAUCCUUUAUAUACCGACCUGUAUGAAAACCUCUAGGUGUGAGAAUUUCAAUUUCUGGUCAGCAAACAGUGAUAUAGAAAUAAUAGGCGCUUGUGUGAAAAUGUUAGACCCUUUGUGCUAAAAUUAGGAAUCUUAAACAACUUCUAAAGAAGUGUCAUGCAUUUUACCAUUUGUGGCUAUAUGUGUUCAUUUUCUCUUACUAUUUUAAAUAAAUAAAUUG